AUGCCUCCUUUGAUUCACAAAUGGAAUCAUUCUUACGCUAUCUUAUCUAGCGUGGCUUUCCCACACAAGAAGAUCUUGUUCGCCGGGACUCAUGACUCCAAAAUCUUAUGCUUCGAUUUAUCCACGUAUAAUCUGGCGAAAACUAUUCAGCUGGGCGAUGAAGAAGAAGCCCACACCAGAUCAAGCGUGCUGUGUUUGGCCAAGUCUCAAGACGAACGUUACCUAUUCUCAGCUGGUGCGGACUCUUUAGUACGAAUCUGGUCUGUUGGAGAACUAUCGCCCAACGGCGGGGUAUUCAUUACAGAGCUAACUACGUUGUACUCUUUGAUUGAUAUCGGUGACAUUUUCUCUAUCAAGUAUUUGGAUGCGCACCAAACGAUUGUCUUUGGUUGUCAGAAUGCCAACAUGAUGUACAUGUCUGGUAUUAUGGACCGUUUGAACGGCAAACCGCGGUGCGAUGAUGUUAACAGAUUACCACAACGUCGAUACGAUCGAUUCUUCGAUUCCAAUGGGCCUGGAAGUCAAGGUGACAGCGCAAGGUGCAAUUCUCCGUCACCAGGUUGCUACGAAUCGCGCAAAAACCACACCAUUAUGGAAGUCCCCUUGCGCAACACUAUUCCUUACGCGCAUAACAGUUUCAUUUACUCCAUCCAGCCUCUCUCAGGUGCUAACGUUCAGUUACCAGAUGCAUUCUACCAAAAUGGCUUAACUCGAGCCAGCACAGAGUUCAUCAUAUCUGGAGGUGGAGAUGGGUUAAGCAAAAUAUGGGCACUGUCUAUGAAGAAUAAAGGUUGCGCGGAUGUUAAGUUAUUAGCGGAGAUGGAUAACAAUGAAAGUGUCCUUUGCCAAGUUGUCCAGUUCCCAUUUUUGUAUUGUGGAUUGAACGGAGGCUUUGUCAAAAUUUGGGACCUGAACUUGGAUGAACUAGUAGCUACCCUACAGAGCUCAAGUAAGUGCGAUAUCGUAUCUAUUAGUGUCUACGAGGAUCACAUAUUUGCUUCGCAUGAGAAGGGAGUGACCAAGUUCUUCAAAGACGAAACAUUUGAGUGGCUUGUUGACGACGGUUUGGUCUUAAGCACAGAAAUUUUGAGAAAAAAAUGCACCGGUUCUAGCUUUCUUAGGUUGGCCGCUGGUGGCAAGAGUGGAAGCCUGACUUUGUACAAUAUUAGUGAACUGGUUGAAGAAACACAUCAUCGCGGGAGCAAAAUAAAUACCAAAAUAAGUGAAGCCGCCAACGAAGCUCAAAAAUCGAAACUGAAAUUAGACUACCAAGCAAUACUCGAUAAUGAUAACAUGCAAGAGACAUUGAGAGAGCUCAUGAGCUUCAAAACCGUAUCAGCUUUUACAGAGAGCCAGUACGUGAUUGACUCCCGUCGCUGCGCUUCAUAUUUGCAGCAAGCUUUUACCAGUUUGGGCGCCAGUUGCAAUCUUUUGCCUACCGGAAGCAAUGACAACCCACUAGUUCAUGCACUUUUCAAAGGUAAAUCGAAAUCGAAACCAAAAUCAAAAAUUGUUUGGUAUGGCCAUUACGACAUCAUCUCCCCGGGAGACCCUUCUAAAUGGACCACAGAUCCAUACAUGCUUACUUGUGAGAAUGGAUUCCUGAAAGGAAGAGGUGUCACGGAUAAUAAAGGACCUCUUGUCGCUGCGAUGUAUAGUGCGGGGUCUGCCUUUUUGGAAGGAACUCUUGAAAACGACAUCAUCUUUCUCGUGGAGGGCCAAGAGGAAUCAAAUUCGCAAGGCUUUGUCGAAGCGGUGAAAAAGCAUCAGAAUUUAUUAGGCAAUGACGUGGACUGGAUUUUGUUCAGCAACUCUUACUGGAUCGAUGAGAAAAUACCUUGUCUCAAUUAUGGGCUGCGUGGUGUGAUUAACGCGCGAGUAACAAUCUGGAGUGAUGCUCCAGAUAGACAUUCCGGUCUUGAUGGUGGUGUACACCGGGAGCCCACAACGGAUCUCAGCCGGGUUCUAUCGAAAUUACAAGAUGACGACGGCCACGUCUUGAUUCCUGGUUUUUACGCUCCACUAGGCGAGUUGAAGGCCGAGGAGGAAGCCCGAUUCAAGGAAAUUAUACAGCGGGCGGAUCUUUGCGAAUCUGUAACGCUGGAAAAGCUUAUGGCAAAGUGGACCAAACCCUCGCUUUCCAUCACGAACAUGAAAGUGAGUGGUCCGGGAAAUUCCACCGUAAUACCGCGCAGCGCUUCUGCCACCAUAUCUAUAAGAGUCGUGCCUGAGCAAGAAGUCCAUGAAAUAAAAGAAUCUCUGGAAAGUUUCGUCACCCAGAGUUUCAAAAGACUCGAGACCCCAAACCACUUCAAAUUUCAAGUAUUAAACGAAGCCGAGCCAUGGCUCGGCAAUCCUGAAAACGCAGUUUACCAGAUUCUCAGAGAAGAGAUUAGGGAUGCUUGGGGCAUUGACCCACUAUUUAUUAGAGAAGGUGGCUCCAUUCCUCAAGUACGUUUUCUUGAGCGCACUUUAAAUGCUUCGGCUAUACAAAUUCCAUGUGGCCAAAGCACUGACAAUGCGCAUCUAAACAACGAGCAAUUAAGGAUUGAGAACUGGUAUAAGAUGCGCCAGAUUUUGCAUAAAGCUUUCAAUAGACUUUGA